AUGUCAGCAAAGCCCGUUUCGUUCGACUCGCACCCGCCUCACGGCCACCCUGAAAACCAGGGCCCCAGCACCCAAAACGUCGACCGCGCAUCCACUGCCUCGCACCCUCCCAGCGUCAAGCCCGACCCCACCACCACGGCACCUCACCCCAAGUUGAACCCCCAUGGCGCCAAAGGAAGCGAGCCCGCCUCCUCUUCCUCCGGUCCCGCCGAACUCUCCGAUCUUAAAGUAAGACUGAGAAAUGCUCUGCGACAAUACCCCGACUUUCCCUCCAAGGGCAUCCUCUUUGAGGACAUUAUGCCCAUCUUCUCGUCGCCGAAGCUGCACGCCGACCUCGUCAAGGCCCUCGAGCUCGAGGUCCGCGCAAAGUUCGACAAGACCCCCGACGUCAUUGUUGGUCUCGAGUCGCGCGGUUUCCUGUUCGGCCCUUCGCUUGCUCUGCGUCUGGAUGCUGGCUUUGUGCCCGUCAGAAAGCAGGGCAAGCUUCCCGGCAAGCUCGAGACCGAGGGCUACGAGAAGGAAUACGGCACCGAUUUCUUCCAGAUCCAGAGCGACGCCAUCGCAAAGGGCCAGACUGUUCUUGUUGUCGACGACAUCAUGGCCACUGGUAUGUUCUCUCACCUUUGGUUUUCGUAUCUUAACUUCAGACUGACACAACCGCANGGUGGCUCCGCAAUGGCUGCUGGAAACCUCGUCAAGAAGAUUGGCGGUGACAUCAUGGGCUACCUCUUCCUCAUGGAGCUCGAGUUCUUGCACGGGAGAGACAAGCUCAACGCCCCUGUCGUUACUCUGCUCAGCGGCCAGGACGCCGAGAGCCGCGAGAAGGAGCUGCCCCUUGGCCAGACCAAGGAGUCUGCCGAGGAGGCCAACAAGAGCGUACAAGACGCCGGUGGUGCUGCUGCCAGCAAGCAGCCAUAG